CAGACGGUUCACGUUCCAGAACAAGGCUAUCAUUACAAAUUAGAUUCUUUAUCAAUAUCUGUAACUUCUACCAAAUCAUUCACAACAGUCGACUUAAAAGAUGUGUAUCUGAAGAUUCAAAAAGACUAUAUUUGCCUUUGCUAGGAUGGCUACGGCGGUGAAUACUUCCUUACCCCGGCCGCCAUUCGGCACAUUUCGUCUCCAUCUCUCUGAAGACCCUAUCGCCUUGGAACAACGAUUUAGACGCCAACAGGCAUCCGGAAAAUUUCCAGCAACGUUCUCCACUUACGAUGUAGCUUCAUUUCAAGAGAAAGACGAAGCAUUUUUUCGUAAAUUCGCGGAGAAGGGCGAGCGUCGCGCCGACGCACCGAGGCGAAGCGAUACUCCAGUUGUCGAUCCAACAAGUGGUUUCACUUCAGUCGGUGCCGACGCGGAAGAUGGAAAUUAUCAGCAAAUAGAUCCUCUUGUGAACAAAGAUCAUAGACCACAGUCCGCCAUGCCUUACGGACGACCGAUUGUCUCCCCUAUUCCGGACUUGAGGUCGCAGAACGCUCCAUGGGAGGCGAAAAGCAGGGAAUUAGAGCGGCUUCUGCAGCAACCCAGCCAAUUUCCCGGAUCGAAAGAAGCAAAGGAAAUCUCCCAAAAGGUUCCAGCCAGUGAACUAUUAAAGAACAAAGAAUGGAGGGAUGCAGUGGCAACAAGAUCAUUCUACACAUCAGAAACUCAAAAGUUAUACAGUGGAGUAGAUUGGAGUUCAAGAAUAGCUCCAUCUGUCCCACCACCAAUCACCACAGUUGAACUGCAGCCAGACAUGGUAUCAUACAGAUUCAAUUCAAAAAGAUAUGCGCCAAAAUCAGAACUUUGGCAGCAAAUUGGUAGCAGACCACACAGCUGGGAUUUUGUUCAGUCACGUAAUGGACACCAUGUACAAGGACCCAUAGAUUUCUGCAGCCCAAGCAAAAAGACAGGACAUAUACCAGGAUACAGUGGCCACACCCCUGGAUUUGGUGACAGAGACCAUCCAAGGAAGACGUACACACCAAUUGCUGUGGUGCGUACUUCGCAACCAAGAUACACAGACACCGCUAGGCGUGGCAAUAUUCCCGGCUACUCUGGUUGUGUGCUGUUUUCAUCGCAUCAUCCUACGCACAGCAAAGAACCGGACCCAAAGGCUACAACCACAGCUAGAAUUCACAGAGCACUCAAAGUUCCAACAAAAGUUCAGUUGUCACCGUUUAGACACAAAGGACCGAUGUCCAAAAUGGUGACUUUAACCCGACCCUUCAAUCCAUUUAACCAAGUUUAGGACAUGUGAUAAGUUUGAUAUCCAAAAGAAAAAGUGCUUGUGUAGUGUGUGCUUGACAAUUAGGUAUAAGUUUGAGAAGAUUUUAACCUUUCGUGACCUCUCAAGUAAUUUUUACGAUGCCACGGUGACGCUGCAGUUCCAGUUCGCACCUGUUCACAGAACUAUGUUUCCAGUUGGUGAAGCAACUCUAGAAUUCUAAUACAAACCUUGCCUUAUGGUUGGCACCGAGUUAGGGAUACAAACCUCCAAGAUGCGUGUAUAACCACAAAAAAUAGAGAAUCAGCUUUACUAAAGCAAACCGUCGCCCAAUUGCCAUCAGCUUUGAUAGUUUAACUUUUAACUGAUAGAAACCAAAAAUGAAAGUGAUACGGGAUUUCACUGGAUUUGCUUCACCUGCUCACUCAAGUAUAAAAAUUUUAAAUUGAGUUUCGAUAGCUAUCCAGGUUUACUUGUUUCUGCUUUACCUCGCUCUGUGAUUUUUCUAGAAAACUCGCGCCAUGCUCUCAACCAAAGAGAUACGAAACGAAUACUUAUCGUGGCUUGGCCGCCCGCGUUUUCCCGCGCUUCAGGCAGUUUGCUUGUUUUUACUUGAGUUCUCAUUGGCAAACGAUGUUUUCCUUUGAUAUGAUUGGCCGUUGUGAUUACUUUGGUGUUGGUUUUACGACAACUCAAUCUGGCUCUAUGGAGUAACAGAACUAGUGUGGUCAGGAAAUUAUUGAAGUAACUUAUUUUUUUAAAGAUGGUUUUUACCAUAUUAAACAGGUGACUAAAUGAAAAUUCAAAUUUUACAAAAUGACUCUCUACCGUGAAAAGUAUUGUGAAAUCUAUUUUUGUUGUUUUAUUUCUGUCGUCUUAUUUGCUUUUCUGUGGUAUGAUGGUUUGUUUGUUUCCUAUUUGUACAUAAAAGUUACUUUCUUGAAAAGUCAAAUUUCUCUGUUCAUUCAGUGAGCUUCACUGCGAUGUCAAGCAAUCUCCACGAUGCCUUGAAAAUGGGUAUCGUGUAUGUAUGGUGAACACAAAGAGAAAAAAAGUUGAGAAACGAGGCAACUGUGUGAAAAUUCAUAAAUGAAGACAAAAUCUGGUCUUACUGCAUCUUUUCCUUUAUUUUUAGUCUUUGUGAAUGUUGCAUUUGUAAAUAGCACCAACAGUCUUUGAGACCAUUAUUUAUUAAAUUAAGCUGUAAAGACUGUUAUUGUGAUAAAAUAUUUG